AGAGCCUUGUACGCAGAGAAGCUCCGCGGGAUUGCCCGGCUUCCCAGCCCCCAUUAACGACCUUUAGAUUGGUGCAGCGGCCGCUGCAGGCUGCUAAGAAAACUGAGAGAGAUCAGAAGCGAGGAGGCCGCCGAUGGGAUGCGUCGCCGGGAAGGGGUGCAAGUUUUGCAUAAGUACAUAAAACAAGGCUGGGGGGUUCUCGGCGGCGCCUUGCUGUCUCCCCUGGCUGCUGGGAAGGCAAAAGGGAGGCUUUGGUCUCCACACUAAUUUUAGAGGCCAAUCCGGAACUUGAUGUCUUCUCAGCCUCUCUGGAGUCCGGGGAUGAGAAGAUUCCCAGUACUCCGUCCCAGAAAUCUGCAGCCAGCCGGACAACCUUGGGUGACCCAGAGCCCUACGAGAGAUCGGGAGUCGAGGAGAAGAGGUCACCUUCCCCUCCAUUAGCCCCGCCUCUCGCCCACCGCGGCUUGUGGAGGACGUCUGCAGGUUGGGGAGGUGAAAAAGGAACUCGUUAAUAAAGCUGACCCUGGGCAAAACAGCAAACUGCAUCGACCUCAGGCUGGGCGGUGGCCAAGGCCCCGCACCCUGGCAGUGGCACUCAGAGGCGCUUUCCACAGAGAUCCCCGCGCCUGGACUUUGCCUGCUGGGGGAACUUUUUUGAACUGCCUCCCAGGCCGGCGCCCAGCGGAGGUGCAGCAGAGGCGCCCCCUCCCCCCGUCCUUGCACGUGACUGCUACAGGCCAGUCAGCGUCCGCGAGCCCAGCGCAGGGGCCAGCGGAACGGCGCUGGGAGCUGACUAGCUGCAAGAGGCACAGUGGCCGCCAGAGACUCCGCCGCCGCCGCUGCAGCUCCGGGGGCGCCCGGGGAGCGCGAGCCCGCUCUCCAGGAAGCUCGAGGCUCGGCAGGACCGUGGCUGCAUCGAGGGGAAAGAGUCCUCCUGGCCUUCGGAGUUGCAGGCAGCGGACUCGCGCUGCGGGUGUUCUGGAGGCGUUGCGCAGCGACCCGCGCGGGACCGAGGCCUCCGGACGUGGCGAGCGGGUGCCCCGAAGGCGGGUGCCCGCACGAGCGCCCAGGCACCACCUGGCGUUUUGUGCCGCCCGUGGGCGCUCCAGACUUCCAGGCCCUGGGGUGGAGAGCCCCUCCUGCACCACCUUCCGGAACCAAAACUCCAGUUUUGACUUUCCUGAGUAAACAAGAGCCCAGAGUUCUUUGCUCGACGCUGGAUUUAAUAUGUCUACAUUUUUGAGGGCCUUGGUUUUUUCCCUUUGACUUUAUCGUUUUCGUGACAGUCCCUCGCACGUACAUUCUUGGUAGUGUGGCGUUCUCUCCCCGCGCCGCUCUUUGACCAGCGAGGGAAGGGCGAACGCCGAGAGCACCGGGGCCAUGUACCCGAGCCUGGCCAUGGCCGCCAACCACGGGCCGCCGCCGGGGGCCUACGAGGCGGGCGGCCCGGGCGCCUUCAUGCACGGCGCGGGCACUGCGUCCUCGCCGGUCUACGUGCCCACGCCGCGGGUGCCGUCCUCGGUGCUGGGCCUGUCCUACCUCCAGGGCGGUGGCGGGGGCGCUGCCACCGGAGCCGCCUCGGGCGGCAGCUCGGGUGCAGCCCCGUCGGGCGCGGCUCCCGGGACACAGCAGGGCAGCCCAGGCUGGAGCCAGGCGGGAGCCGAGGGAGCCGCCUACACCCCACCGCCCGUGUCCCCGCGCUUCUCCUUCCCGGGGACCACAGGGUCCCUGGCGGCGGCCGCCGCCGCCGCCGCCCGGGAAGCCGCGGCCUACAGCAGUGGCGGCGGGGCGGCGGGCGCGGGCCUGGCGGGCCGCGAGCAGUACGGGCGCGCGGGCUUCGCGGGCUCCUACUCCAGCCCCUACCCGGCCUACAUGGCCGACGUGGGCGCGUCCUGGGCCGCGGCCGCCGCGGCCUCCGCCGGCCCCUUCGACAGUCCGGUCCUGCACAGCCUGCCCGGCCGGGCCAACCCCGCCGCCCGACACCCCAAUCUCGUAGAUAUGUUUGACGACUUCUCAGAAGGCAGAGAGUGUGUCAACUGCGGGGCCAUGUCCACCCCGCUCUGGAGGCGGGAUGGCACCGGGCACUACCUGUGUAACGCCUGCGGCCUUUACCACAAGAUGAACGGCAUCAACCGGCCCCUCAUCAAGCCCCAGCGCCGCCUGUCCGCCUCCCGCCGAGUGGGCCUCUCCUGUGCCAACUGCCAGACGACGACCACCACGUUGUGGCGCCGCAACGCCGAGGGUGAGCCGGUGUGCAACGCCUGCGGCCUCUACAUGAAGCUCCACGGGGUCCCCAGGCCUCUUGCGAUGCGGAAAGAGGGGAUUCAAACCAGAAAACGGAAGCCCAAGAACCUGAAUAAAUCUAAGACAGCAGCAGGUCCUGCUGGCGGCGAGAGCCUUCCUCCCACUAGCAGUGCUUCCAGCAGCUCCAGCAGCACCACCACCAGCAGCGACGAGAUGCGCCCCAUCAAGACAGAGCCUGGGCUGUCGUCGCACUACGGGCACAGCAGCUCCAUGUCCCAGACAUUCUCCGUCAGUGCGGUGUCUGGUCACGGACCCUCCAUCCACCCGGUCCUCUCGGCCCUGAAGCUCUCCCCACAAGGCUACGCAUCUCCUGUCAGUCAGUCACCACAGGCCAGCUCCAAGCAGGACUCUUGGAACAGCCUGGUCUUGGCUGACAGUCACGGGGACAUAAUCACUGCGUAAUCUCCCCUCCUACCCUCCUCAAAUUCCUGCACGGACCUGGGACCUGGGAGCCACCCUCUGCCUGGAAGGACUCCAGAGCAACUGGGAAGAAACUUGAAGUCAAUUGGUUCUGAGAAGUGGGAGCUGGAUUCUCUCAGAUGCCUUUUCAAGGUGGGGCCUGGAGAGCCCACACUCUGACAGACGUGCCCACCCUUUGCUGCAAGCACAAGUCUCUUCCAUGGAGCUGGUGACUUCUUUCUCAUUCCCUGUCCCAUCUGGCUGCCCCUGACAGAGACAAGGUGUCCUUCUUCCGUUUCCCACUGCUGUGGCCCAAGGCAGUGGUCUUACCACGGUGUUCCCAGCACUGGGACUCUAGGGAUGGCUGAUGGGGCAGGGCUCUGGGCCCCCACUGCUGCCUGAAGAGGGCAUCUGCUUAUGUGUAUUGAAUGUGACAGGCCCCUUCGGGCAGCCCCUGCCCUUGCCCAACACUCCCAAGGCUCGGCACAUCCCUGCACCCCCAUAGCGGAUCUGACUCCAGCAGCACUGGGUGCCGUGCAGAUGUUACGGAGCGCGUCCCGGAAAUGGAGGAAAGGCCUGCACCCCACACAGUGGGGCCCCAUCAGACAGUAGUCUGGCAGUGCUGCCGCCCCCCAGUCCAUUCCCUGAUGAGGACUCUGCUCCUUCUCUUCUCCCACCAGGGCCUGUGCCAUAAAAAUCCCUUCUGCUGUUCUGAGUGAUCGGCUCUGUCUUCAGCCCAAACAUGCCUCUCCCUCAGCAAAUGGGAGCUCAGUCUUAUAGGCGAAGAGCACCCUUGUUGUGCCCUCCAGCAUCCUCUGUUCACCCGGUCACAUGCAGAGGGACUGAGAAGGGACAGAACCUCCUGCUGCUAAAACCAUCUGCGAACGCUCAUCCUGAGGGCCCCGGGGGCACAUCCUGCUCCAACCCCAGCUGGCUGCUCUCUGAGCCUGCGGACAGUGGCUGAGUCGCCAGCGCCUGGACCUGCACUCUUUCUUUCCCAGGCAGGGUCCCUCUGUCUGGGAGAUGGAAAGCUAGAGAGUUUGCAGGAUCAAAUCAAAGCAAACAGCAAAACUGGCAGAAAGGAGGACGAGGGCUAUGAGAAGACAUGGAGGGAGGACUGGAGGGGACAUGCAGCUCCCAGCUGUUCGGAGUCGCCUCCUCUACACACUGGCUCAGAAAGACUUCCUCCCUGUCCUUGUUAUCAGCAGAGCCGCAGCUGACUGUGGCAUUACUCCAUCCUACCCCAGACUCCCAGCCCCACCCCAGCCUUCCUGGCCGUAGCAGAGUACCUUUGAACCAAGAUUCUGUUUUAAUCAUCAUUUACACUGUUUCCUCCCUGACGGCUGCCCUCCAUUACCUCCCCAACCCACGAACCUGUUAACAUUGUCUUAAGGUGAAAUGGCUGUAAAAUCAGUAUUUAACUAAUAAAUUUAUCUGUAU